GCGCCGGAAGUUCUCUCAGCUACGUCGGUGGAGCGUCGGCCCGCGCGCGUGCGAGGGAUAAAGCGAGGAGGGAGAGGAGUUGACCGUUGGCUGCCCCGUCCCGCCUAAGUAGGGCUCAUCCUGUCGGGGGGUCUUUCCCAGCCCAGCUGCCGGCCAUGGCGUACCGCGGGCAAGGCCAGAAGGUGCAGAAAGUGAUGGUGCAGCCCAUCAACCUCAUCUUCAGAUACCUACAGAAUAGGUCCAGAAUUCAGGUGUGGCUGUAUGAACAGGUGAACAUGAGGAUAGAAGGCUGUAUUAUUGGAUUUGAUGAAUAUAUGAACUUGGUUCUGAUGAUGGCUGAGGAGAUUCACUCCAAGACAAAAUCAAGGAAAACAGCUGGGUGAGUGUUGAGGACACCAUUUCCUGUUGUCUUUAGCAAUGCAAUUGUCCUUUCCAUGUUUUCCAUGAAAAACCUAUUUGAAGGUUACAUCUAGUACAGAUGUUCCCUUCCAGAUGGGUUUUAGCCGCUGGGCUUUCGCUGCCCUGCUGUGCCUGGAUCUUUACUGGCUUUCUGCAAUUUCCUAGUGGGCUGGAUUUCAACCACCAAGUAUGAAAAAGAGCUGACUGUUGCCUGUCAAAUGGGCAUGUUCUCUCUCCAGUGUCCUAUUACGAUCUUAACAAGUGGUAAAGAAUUACCUUUUAAUACUACUGUGAAACUGCUAUGAAAUUUUUUAUUAAAGAGUAGUAGAAAAAUAACAUGAAAAGGAAGAGUGACUGCUUUUUUAUCUGUAAAUAUUACCUACUCUAAGUCUUAUUAUAUUUACAGUUCAUCUUAUCCUAGAGUGUUACUUGAAUGUUUUUGGAUAGCAAAUUAAUGCUGUAAUUGAGGGCAUGGAAGAGUUAGGCCAUAGAAAGGGAAAAGAGAAAGGGUUAGUGCUGUACAGUACUGUACUUCGCCAGCCUUGCCAAUAUUUUUAGUACCGAUUAUAUAGUUUAGAUCAGCCUUUCUCAACCCAGGUGCUGUGAGUUGUAGUCCAAAAACAUUGGGGGACCCAAGGUUGAGAGAGACUGGUGUAACUGAAGUGGGUCAGUUGGUAGAGCACGUCACUCUUAAUCUCAGGGUCGCGAGUUCGAGUUCCACAUUGUGCAGCCUGCAUUGCAGGGCAUUGGACUAGAUGCCCCUUGUGGCCCCUUCCAAUGCUACAAUUCUAUGAUUCUAUGAACUGAAAACUGGAUUUAAGGUGUUAGUAGAAAAAGGGGUAUAAUGUUAUCAGAAAAGGGGCAUCUUUUUUACUCCCGUAGAUCUAAUGGCACUUUUUUUUCAUUGCAGGUCGAAUCAUGUUAAAAGGAGACAAUAUUACUCUUCUACAGAGUGUUUCUAACUAGAAAUAGCUAUUGAGUCUGUUUUGCUUAUUAUUUUAAUCUUUAAACCUAUAGAAGAAAAUAUGCAGUGGUUUAAUGGUAUCACUCCCAAUUCUACCGUUGGUGUUUAAAGAGUGAAGAAUGAAGCCAGUUACGUAAUUUGUGCUUGCAUAAUUUUCAAUAACUUUUCUACAUUGGUGUUGAAUUGUAGUUCUUUAUAAAUAAAACUUUUUGUUAGUA